AUUUCUAAUGAAUAAGAGUUAUGAUGAUAUUGAAUGCACAUUACCUAGAAUUGGAGAAAAAUGUACUCUAGAGUACUUUCAAAAUAUUGAUCAAGCUGAUGAAAUAUGUCGUAAAAAAGGUAAACAUCAAAAUCAACAUUAGAAAGCUAAAUAUAAAAGGACAUUUUGAUUGAUGAAAUGAAGUAAAAUCCAUAAGCAUUUUUUAAUUUUAAUUUUACAGCUGAUGAUUAUUACCUAUUUCUAGUCAAAUAUAGUAUGAUGAGAGCUGAAAGAUAAGUGAUUGAAUAAGAAUUUACAAAAUAUUUAAAAGAAAAGAAAAUAUUGUUGGAAUGAAUUUUAAUUAAUAUCAUUAUUU